ACCAGUAACAUUUCAUCUAUUUGACGCGCCCGGUUGUGCCAGUUCCACAUCAUUCGCUGAUUUCAAGCAUUCCAAAAUAAAUCGCUAUAAAAAAAAAUAAAUUGGUAAUAAUAACCUCAGCGACAGCCAUUGAAUCGAUAAAUAAAAUCUCACCUGAUAAAUGGGAAUAAUAAAUAAUCAGGCUGAUGAGUCACUAAUUUCGAUUGAAUUAAAAUUUCACAUCUUCAUUGGGCAGAAAUGAGGUCAAUAUUUCUACUGACGGUUUACUUGAUACUUCCGGCAGUCUAUUGUGAUGGUAAUUACGAGAAUAGAGUUCGUGUCGGGGUAUUCAGUCAACGAUUUGAGGAUUGGGUUGUGUCACAGGAUGAGAGAGGCAAUAAUCGAGAGUCUCGUGAUAUGAAGUAUGUGAAUAGAUCAAUGGCAGUGUUGCAUAAAAUUGUCACGCCAAACAAGCGGGAAGUAUCCGAAACGGAUUUAUAUUUACUAGGGGCGAUUGAGAAAUUACUGUACAAGGUCGAGGGCCUCGAGAAACGAUUGCGUAGAGCUGAGGAAUUACUUUACUACGUGAUUUCUGGGAACAGCAGUCGCGAGGAACAAUGUCCGACGAAUUACACUCGGAUUUCGAAAGCCUGCUACCACGUAAGCUCUCGAGAGUACGACUGGAAGUCAUCUGCAAGCCUCUGUCGAUCCCUCGGUGGUAAUCUGGUGGAGCUAGAGACCCCCGAUGAGCACAAGUCCCUCAGACACUACCUGCAGAACACAAAAGGAGUCAGAGGGUCUGAUUUUUGGACGGGGGGCCUGAAUCCCGGUUUACUCUGGAUCUGGGCCAGCAGUGCAAAGCCCGUUUUCGAGAAUCAAGUCGAGACUGUCAACGGUUACGGCCGGUGCCUGAAAAUUCGUAAUUCACUGAAGAAUUACUCCUUCUACGGGGAAGAAUGCAUCAAGAAACUCCGGUACAUCUGCAAGCCGGCGAAGGAUGAAUCGGCGAAUGGAAUCGAGAAGAUCGAGCGUGGACUGGAGAUGAAGAGAAAAACUCUACACUAAAUGAUUAAUUGACUAAUUUAAAACACCGAAGACGAUUAUUUAUUAUAGAUUAUUAUUAAAUAACGCCUGUAGUAAUAAAACUCGUUAGAACUCGCAA